AUGGCGAACCAAGCUCCUGAGUGGCCACAGAACUAUCGACCUAUCCGGUUCGAAGAGCGGUACGAAGAAGAACGAAGAGAUCAACAGUGUGAAGACUACUUACAACGCCGAUCACCGACCUUCGACGAAUUCUUUGAAGAGGUGAUUGAGGAACGAUUGCUAGAGGUGUAUGAUUGGGAAACGAUGCAUCCACAGGACCGCUGGGAAGAAGAACAGUUGUAUGAAUUGAAGAGUGUUGCUGCUCUGGAACAGCUAGCCUUAGUCCAAGAUAAAGUGGAACAAUCUCAACGAAUCCACGAACUAGAAGCAUCGGAAGAAGAACAACAACGAAUGGAGCAACAGAUAGCUGCUGAAUGGGAUCAAGAACGGUUACGCCAAAUCGAAGGAAUUUCCACGUCACAAUCGUUUGAUUCCAUAUUAGACUACCUAGAGUAA